UUUACGUGUAAUUACAAUUGGUGGGUGUUGUGUUCCUAAAGUUUGGAUCUUUCUCUCAAUUUUCUCCAAUUUCAGCGGCAAAAAUCUGGAGAUGUCGUUGGGUGGAGAUGGGAAUGGAAAAUCUCGUGGAUGGGCAGCCUUUGACCGCCAUCAACGACAAAAGCAAGGUCUUUUACCUCUCAACCAUGACCCUUUUCCCUCCUUACCUUCUUCUUCUUCUUCUUCUUCUUCUUCCUCCAUUAAUAACACUAGUUCUGGUUCUGAUGGGGGUGAUGUUCAUAAGCUUAAACAGCUAUACUCAUGGGCUGAUCAUACCUUGAUUCAAGAUGUUAUGGUAGCUGUUGACCAUGAUUUUCAUAAAGCCUCUACUUUGUUACAAGCCAUGAAUUCCCCUUCAUUAUCAACAACCUAUGACCAUGAAACUAAUAAGUACCGAAACAGAAACCCAAUGUUGGAAGAGGAAACUUGUUCUAGUGAGGGUAAUAAGAAUCCACCAAUUCCUGUCAUUGAAACUGCAUUUGGCUAUGUGCCUAUUGAGCCUGAAUGGGAAGGUUAUGACUAUGAUGAAGAUGGUGAUGGUGGUGUUUACUUGAAGCAUCGAAAGGAGGCCUUGAGAGCUAUGAGAUCAGCAUCACAACAUUCAAAGGCAGCAACAAAUGCAUUUCUUAAAGGGAAUCACAGUUCAGCUCACCAACAUUCCCAUAAAGCACAACAACAGCGGUUAGCUGCUGAAGCACUAAAUGCCAAGGCAGCCAAUGAUAUCUUAAGCUUAAGAAACAGCCAAAACAAUGUGUGGAAUCUUGACUUACAUGGUCUUCAUGCAACUGAAGCUGUUCAAGCCUUGAAGCAGCGCCUUCAUCGAAUCGAAACUCAGCUCUUGUCCAAUAACAGUUCUUUUUCUACAAACAGAAGGAGAACUGUAAGCUCUUCUUCACUUGAAUCAAUGGAGAAAGCAUCCUUAAGAGGACAGAGACCAUCAUCUUUACAUGUCAUAACAGGUGUUGGUAAUCAUAGCAGAGGAGGACAAGCUUCUCUACCAGCUGCAGUCACAGGAUUCCUCAAUGAAAAUGGGUAUCAUUAUGAAGAAUUGAAGCCUGGUGUGGUUACCGUUCGGCCCAAAUUUCGUGUUUUAUAGUUAAACAUUGUUGGUUAUUUGUACCUUUGUAUUGAGUUUAGUUUAGGACACCCAAUGAUUGAAUAUGAUGAACUAAUGAUUUGUUAUUUUUGUUUGAAACCAUGGUAUUAUUUGUAAACAAGUUAGACAGACAGGUAGGGUUAGAGAUGGAAAUUGGUCGGUUAAUGUACGGGGAAUGCAAUCCCCGCCCCCAUCCCCGUUACCUAUUUAUACCCCCAUCCCUGCCCCAUCCCCGUCUAAUAACCAACGGAUUCGGGGUAGGGGAAUACCCAUCGGUUAUGGGGAACCCAUCGGGUAUCCAUUAAGGUAAAAUGAAAAAACAAAUUAAUUUAAAAUAAGUUAAACUAAUAUUCUCACAAAUAUUUAUUAUGGAUUCAUAAUUCAUAGAAGAUAAAAAAUAAACCUACUUAAAAAAAGCAUAACCUAAUAGAAAAUAAAAACUAAAUAUGUGUCAAAGUUUGAAAAAAAAAACAAAAAAAAUUAUAUAUAUCUAUAUCGGGGUCGGAUAUGGUGCGGAUAGUAUUAUCCCCGCCCCCGUCCCAUCCCCGCUUCGGGUAUUGAAAUUGUCCCCCACCACCGCCCCAUUAACCACUAAGAUGGGGAAUCCCCACCCCAUUAGGGGUGGGUCCCCGCGAUUACCCAUCCCCACGGUAUAAAUUUCCAUCUCUAGGUAGGGUGUUAUGCUGGUUUAGUGCAAUGCAAUGAAAUUUGAUUGAUUGUUGUGUU